AGAUGCAGCAAGGCUGGCGGGUUGAAUGCGAGAGCCAGCCCGUACCUUCCUCCGCCGUUCCCCCCCCUUCCCCUCUUUUUCUGCCGCUCCUCCUGCCGCGGCUGCAGAAUUCCCCCUCAUCUCCAUCCAGGACCACAGCCGGAGAGAUGAACCGCGUCCUGCUGGCAGCGCUGCUCUUUAAGAUGAGCAUCCUUUUGCUCUCGCAAGGGCUGCUGGUUCGAGGUGCAGAUUUCAGUCAGCCAGCUGACAAUUACACAGUUUGCCAAGGGGACAACGCAACGCUAAGCUGCUACAUAGACCAACAGGUGACGCGUGUGGCUUGGCUGAACCGUUCCAACAUCUUGUAUGCUGGCAACGACAAAUGGUCCAUUGACCUGCGAGUGCAGCUACUACAGUACAGCCCCUCUGAGUUCAGCAUCAUGAUCAGCCACGUCGAUGUGUACGAUGAAGGGCUCUACACAUGUUCGUUCCAGACCCAGGACAAGCCUCACACCUCGCAGGUGUACCUCAUCGUAUAUGUUCCAGCUCGGAUCGUGAACAUUUCCGCAGCUGUGACGGUGAAUGAAGGAAGCAAUGUGAAUUUGCUGUGCCUGGCAGUGGGAAAACCGGAACCGACGGUAAUUUGGCGACAGCUGAAAGAUGGAUUCACCAGUGAAGGAGAGUAUCUGGAAAUCUCAGAGAUCAACCGAGAACAAGCUGGGGAAUAUGCAUGCAUCACAGCAAACGGGGUCUCAACACCAGACAUCAAACACGUCCUUAUCACAGUCAAUUAUCCUCCAAUCAUCACGGAUGUCAAAGAUUCCCGCCCCUUGAUAGGAAAGACAGCCCUCUUGCGCUGUGAAGCCAUGGCUGUGCCCGCUGCGGAAUUUCAGUGGUUCAAAGAUGACAAGCACAGAUUAAUUAGUGGCUCGGAUGGACUUCAGAUCCAGAACGAACGCACACGCUCCAUAUUGCUCUUCACAAAUGUUACCGUUCGACAUUACGGAAAUUACACCUGCCUGGCUUCUAACAGCUUGGGCUCCUACAAUGUCAGCUUACGGCUUAUCAGACCGGGUUCUCUGGACAAUGUAGCGGUGGCCAGCACAGAACCUCCUGUCCUUUUGGGUUUGCUGUCAUCUGUUUUUGUGACUCUGUUGUUUAAGAUUUAGGGCGCCUGGGAAACGAUGCAGAACAAGGAAACGGAAACAGGUGAAAGGGAAAGAAUCCAAGAGAGGGGGAGAAAGAGAGAGGAAGAUAUCUCUACUUUCUGGAGAGGAAAAAAAAAUGAAGAAAGAAAGAGGGAGAGAGAGAGAGAGAGAAAUGAAAUUUAUCAAGAACCCAUCACUGUGAGGGAUAGAAGAAAACAAACAAACAAAAACGACAACAAAAAAUAUGCAUUUGUUUCUACCGCCAUUUCUCUUCACCCUUCAUCUCAGACACUUUCGGUUGAACUACUUGUGGUUUAACACAACUACAAAGACACAGGGCUCUAACAGUGGAUGGCAACGCAACAAUCCCCCUUCUCCUCCAGCUCUGCGAUUUUAAUAGAGAGAUCUCCUCCUCUUCCUUGGGCCAGUUGGCCUUCUGAAUGCACGGAACCUGGAAUGUUGAUUCCACAAAAGGGUUGUUUGAUUGUUAUCGCUUUUAUUAUGAUUAUUAAUUUUCUUUGGGGUUGUUGUUGGUUUGGGGGAUUUUUUUUUUUUUUUGCUCUUUUUUUUUUUUUCUGGUGGACAUUUCUCACCAGGAGGUUCCUUUUCUUUUUUCUUUUUUUGGUUAUUUACUAGGUUGAGAAUCUUGACAUUCAUUUAACCAGGUUAUUUCAGGUGGUGUGGGCCAGUUUAGCAGCCAAGGACCAGGCAGAGACUCAAUAAUUUUGGUUAGGUCUCGCAGCCUGGGCUUUGUCCUUGUCGGUGUCCUCACGAGAAACAUUGGCAACUUCAAGUUCAACUCAACGCAUGAAAGUGGUCCAACGUUCUGCACUUGGGCUGCAUCUCGGUGACCUGCAAGAUCCUCUUUGCUGCCAUCUCAGCAUCUUUGGAAGACAGAUGAAAGAAAUCUGCAUUUUUCAGGCAUGGCAUUUAAGCUAUCGGGGUAAGAAUGACUCCUGCCAAUGAUUGCUAGAGGUAACUUUCUGUUGUCUAGAGACAAAGACUAAAAAAAAAUAGGAACAAAUGGUCUAGCUCUUUGACCAUCCUGGAAAUUUUCUUGCUUUUUACCUUUGGGGUGGGGGGGGUAUAUUAUUUGCUGGAAAACCGUGGCUUGGGACAUCUGCCAGCUGUUUAAUUCGCUUCCGUUUUCCUUUCUUUCUUUUCUUUUGCACUUUUCACAAAACCUUUUCCCUACUCCCGGCAAGUCAUGUCACUCUGUCACACAACCAGCUGACUUAACGGUUUCUCACUCGGUGGUCAAUUUCGUAACAAAACAACCGUGCCCUGAAAGGUUUUCCAUAUUUCUGUCUCUGUUCUGAUUUUUUUUAAAAUUUUAUUUUCAUGUCCUUGUGAGAAACACUCUUCAGGUUCUUUUUUUGUCGAUUGCACUUUGGAAUACGGGAUCACAGGUGUGCUUACUCACACAUUUUCAAACAACUGGGUGUGCGCGGUAGAGCUUAGAAAUCGGUAUCUAGAGAUAGCAUGCAAAAAUUUAAAUGCUCGUCAUUGAAACCUGACAGUGAGUUUCAAAUUUUUUUACUACCGGUUCUGUGGGUGUGGCAGGGAAAGGAUACUGUAAAAUCUCCAUUCCCUCCCCGCUCCAGGGGAAGGAUACUGCAAAAUCCCCAUUCCUUCCCCAGUCCAGGGGAAGGAUACUGCAAAAUCUCCAUUUCUUUCCGAUCAGUUGGGACUCGGGAGGCAGAGAAUAGAUGGGGGCGGAGCCAGUCAGAAUUUUUACUACCGGUUCUCCGAACUACUCAAAAUUUCCGCUACCGGUUCUCCAGAACUGGUCAGAACCUGCUGAAACCCACCUCUGCUCGUCAUCCUUCAAGUUGCAAAGAUAAACUUAAGAGGGUGUCAACCGAUCUUCUGCUAACAUAACAAGCCCAAACUCCUUUCUUAUUAUGGUAGGUUACUUAUACUUAUCAUGGUAGGUUUGUAAAGUAACACCUUUAAGGUUGAUAAUGGCCGUAUUCACACCAUCUCUUUAACCAACGUUAUUAAAUUUAUGCAUUUUCUCAUGUUGCGCAAUCUAUCAAACCCUAAACAUAUCCUAAGGGCCUGGUUUCAUGCAAGAUCUAAAAGAUAUAGCCAGGGCUGAAACUCACCUAGCGUAGCAUUCUGCGUGAAUGUAGGCAAUAGGUCCUUAUCAAACUUGGUUAAAUAUGUCGUGUGAAUGCAGUCAACAUGUUGCCUUCCCCAAGAGAAGAUGGUUGGAAGUGGAAGAUAUCUAUGUGUGGCAAAUGUGCUUAUCCUACUUUUGCAUCUGGAUAUAGUUUGACAGGUUUCUGCCUUUAAGAGAUUGAAAUUCCAGGUAACAGAAGACAAAUGGCUGCUGCUAAAAACCGGAGUAAGAUGCAUGAGACAAGGUCUGUCAAGCAAAGAUGGAAUUUCUUCCAUAAAUCUUCUUAGUAUUGCUUUCCUCUGGCUCCGUUCACACAACAUAGGUAGCCUAGUUACAGCAUUUAUCCAUGUUCUGGGUCUAUAAUGCAAGUGAACUCAGUGGACUGGGUUCACACAAUGGGCCAGAUCAUUUAUUCAAAAAAACACAAAACCAACAAACCAUUAAACCAAGAUCAAAAGUUACCAAAGUUGGCAUGUUGUAUGAAUACUGUCCACUAGAAGUGUAAACUGAACUAGUUUUGAGUGUUGGGUGGAGCCAGGCAUCAAACUCUUGUGCUAAAUUUCUCUCUGUGUGUAGAAAGGAAUUGCUUAUCUCCAGGCGGAAAGAAGACGAGGUAGAAAAAUUCCUACCGCAAGUAUGAAGCUCUUAGAGAGGUUCUGUUUUAGAGGCAGGGAAGUUUGGGAAGAAGUAGAAAACUUUCUCUUGAGGUCCUUCUGGGCUGGAUGAGUGGAUAUUUCUCACCCUGGGCCACUUUCAAACACGUGGAUUUCAACUUGCUAGCUGGGGAAGUCUGGGAGUUGAAAUCCACCAUCUGAAAGGGGCCAAGGUUGAGAAUUAACUGCUUCACAGGGCAGCUCUGUAUCCCAGAUAAAUUUUACGUGUAAAUCGAACGAAUUAAAUCCCCAACCUAUUCCAGUUCUGUCAUCAGAAAUUGGUUAUUUUUUUUUUCAAUACAAUAUUAUAUGUCCUCCUAACAUAGCACAAGUAGUACAAGAGCACCAUUUCUGAAUAUGCUAGGAGGAUAAAAAUGCACCAGGAAUGCAUCUUUUAUAUAUAUAUAUUCCGGUUUAUAUAUAUAAUCUCGGAUGUUUUCCCGCGUCAUUGUAAAUAAAUUGGUUAAAAUGUUUAAAAUUCUGGUUAAAAUCCCAGCUUAAAAUCUUCUAAAAAUCCUUACAGAGCAAACCAAAAACCCAGUUGCCUCUUGAAAAAAAGUACCUUUGGAACAGUGGUGAAAUCCUGCCGGUUUUGUCCGGCUCGUGCGAACCGGUAGUGGUGGUGCAUGGUUCGGUGAACUGGUAGCGGUGGCAGUAUGAGUCUCCACCCACCCGCCCAGAUAUUGUUACUUCCUGGUUUUAACCAGGAAGUUACUCAUUUUUGACCCUCUGAGCAUGUGCAGAAGGCUUUGUGCAUGCGCAGAGGGUCAAAAAUCAGAAGUGACGAUGGCGCAUGCACUUCCGAACUGGUAGGGAAGGUAAGUAGAUUUCACCCCUGCUUUGGGACGAUUAUGCUAUUAUGGGUUUUUUUUUGUAGUACUACACAUCGCUGAUGGAAAAAGAGGUGAAGAAGGAAUUGCGGGGAAAUGCAGCCGUGCAUUUUCUGUAAAGUAUCCUCAAUCCUUUACCCACCGUUGACCAAAAAGUGAAGAUGUGUUCACAGAUUUUUAUUUCGACAGCAUAGGAUCGAAAGCUUCCGGUUUUCCUAACAGCUUUGUGUCUGUUUCUAAGAUAAAGCGUGCGAAAUAUGCAAAAAAAAAAAAAAAAAAAGAAAUUAUGGGAAUGUAUAGUAUUUGCACCAUUUAUUUAAGUUGUUGUUACACCUCCGCUUUUCUCGACCCUAACAUUUGAUUAGCAUUAUGCAGGUAUCUGAUGUUCGGUUCGUAUUUAAACACAGAUUAUGUGCAGCUCAAAUGCAGCUUUGUAAAAACCACCGUGAGAGAAAUAUCAUUGGAUGGGAUCAUGUCAGUAGAAGUCAAGAAAAGCUCUGGGCUUUUCCUUUGACAAAGCCAGGAUAACUAUGAAAAUAGACUAAGGAUUUUCAUGUUGCUGAAUGUCUAAAAGCGCUGAUAGAGAACUUUUGAUGGGGCUUGGCAUGCCAAAAAUUUGGAAAAUGCCUAACUUGACACGUGUUCCCCAGUGGUGGGUUGCUCCCGGUUCACACUGGUUUGGGAGAACCGGUAGUAGCGUCGGCGGGAGGCUCCGCCCACCUGCCCGGAAGUCAUCAAAUAUGCUGUGCGCAAAUGCAGAAGCUUCUGUGCAAAACCUUCUCUGGGCUUUUGAAUUUGAGCUUGUAUUCUGAUUGGUUGUCAGACUCCCAUGGGGCCAUGCACGGUUGUGUUUUUGAGUCCCGAGCUUGGUUGAGCCUUGCUGGGUGAUGAUAUAAUGAAGGUGCUUUGGGCAAUUCCUAUUAUGGCUCUGCCUGAAGGAGGUAGAUCUUUGUGAUGUAGAAUAGACUGGCCCAGGCCUUAAUGGCCCGUUGACAAAGGUGGGGGGGCUGAGUUUCUGCCUCUCUUUUAGGGGAAAUAUUCUGCCCUUUUAAUAUUUCCUAAAAUAUCUCAUUUUCCUAGGAGAGGGGAGGACUGGGUGCUAACUUCCUACAGGAGGAAAGAGACGUGUCAACAUUUCAACCUGCAUUUACUCUAGUGCUGACAUAAGGAGAAGCGAAUGCAUCUGGAAAGGGACGUUUGACUUUUCACCUACUUAUUUUCCCUGGAGAUAAUAUCCCCUAGGAAAUGAGAUGGGAGGGGGGAAAUUCCUUUGAGCUGGAAUAGAUUAGGGGUAGAAUGACUUGGAAGAUGGCCAAUGUGUGCAGGGAAGUGGGGAACGGAAAGGGAGGGUUUGGGGGCUGGAAGUCAGUGUUGGCUUCGAUUGGAGUCGGGUUAGAAUGUCGUGCUUAAUAAAUAGGAGUUUUUUUUCAAAGACUUUGUUUGAAAUGCAAUUUAUUUGAGACGACCUCGAAACUUGACAAGACGAACAAGACGUUUCCCGUCUCAUCCAAGAAGUUUCAUCAAGGCUUCACUGAUGAAUUUUCUUGGAUAAAAAGCACAAUGCCUUUUUCUUCUUUCCCAAGGGGAAAAAAACAACACUUCAGUUGCCUUUUGAGAAAAGCAUCUUUGAUUCAAGAACGGUUGUUGUUGGUGGGUUGGUGAAUGCUGGUGUGUCACCCAAAAACAUGGCGUGUCACCAGUGGUGGAUUGCUACCGGUUCUCCCCGGUUCGGGCAAACCAGUAAUAGCAAUUUGAUGUCAUCAAAUACACUCUGCGCAUGUGCAGAGCGCGAGCGAACCGGUAACCAAGAUAAGUGAAACCCACCACUGCGUGUCACCUUUGACACGCGUGUCGUAGGUUCUCCAUCACUGCCCCAAGUCCUGUCUCCUGGGCCCUCUCCUCAACUAGCAAAACUUACACAAAGAAAGUUUGGCUUUUAAAAUGGGGUAAAGUUAUGCAAAACUUUAGUUAGUUUUGCAGCGUUUGUGGAGGUAGUGAAACCCCAGCUUUUUCCUGGUUCUCACCUUAUUACGAAAUUUCAGGCAUUUGGGGAAGUGGAUAGUAGAAGGAACUGUAGAAAUAAUCAAGAAUGUGCACUUUCCCAGGAAAAGCCACUCUCUGCAAUGGUUGAGCAAAACCGCCCAUUCAGUUUGAUGGUACUACAGAAUCCGGUUCUUCCAGGAGUUUGGCAGGUGCAUGUCCAGCUUUCCCUCCUCUCUUUAUUAUUACCUUUAUUAGGCAAUUAUUGUUAUUCAGCUUUCCUUAGCCUGACCAUGUUGGUUGAGCCAGAUGAGCAUUAUAAUGCAACGCAUCUGGAGGUUUCAGAUUUGGGGAAAAUUCUUGUGAUUGCAAGAUAUACUGAAGAGCAGGGCGUAAAGGAGAACAGAAUCCAGAAAGGAAAUCGGGGUGAAAAUUGGAGAUGCUGUAACUAGAGGUAAUCCUCAACUUACAACAGUUUAUUUAGUGACCGUUCCAAGUUAACGGCGUCAUUGAAAAAAGUGAUUUAUAACCAUUUUUCACACUUAAUGACCGUUGCAGCAUCCUUAUGAUCACAUGUUCAAAAUUCAGACACUUGGCAACUGAUUCAUACUUAUGGUGGCUGCAGUGUCCCAUGGUCCCAGGUGAUUCUUUUUUGCUACCUUCUGACACAUAAAGUAAACGGGGAAGCAAUAUUUAACAACUGUGUUACUAACUUAACAACUGUAGAGAUUCACGUAACAGCUGUAGAAAAAAAAGGUCAUAAAAUGGGGCAAAACUCACUGAACGACUGUUUCACUUAGCGAUGGAAAUGUUGGGCUCAAUUGUGGUCAUAAGUUGAGGACUACCUGUAUGCUUUCAGCCACAAAGGGAAAUAUAUAGCUCGUGGCUCCGUUGCUUAAGUCUAAGCGUUUUUUUCUAAGGGAAAAAAAAAAAUCUGGUUUGAACUGGCAGCUCUCCAAGACCGUGGUCAUUUGCAUACAUAAGGAUUAGGUCUGUAUUUACUGAUAAAGCUCCAGGAGAUUUGCAAUAGGUCACAGGGAUUUCUGACUUCAGCAUUUUUAAUGCUAGAACAUUAAAGGAAAAAAAGACAAAAGUGACAGUAAGGCAGGCCUGAAGUUAAACUGAUCCAAUAAAGAAAGUUUGAAACAGCCACGAGGAUGUUGGAUGUAUGGAUGUAAUAGGUCAGUGAUGGCUAAGCUUUUCCGGACCAAAUGCCCAAAGCGCGCGCGCAUGUGUGCAUGCAAAUACACAUGUGUGCCUGAACCCCCAAAAUGUAAUGCGUGUGCAGCCCCUGCACACACGCUCCCCACGCAUGCACACACGGGCCCUUGCACACGCCACACACCCCGCGCAUGCAUGGCAGAGACCUGAAGACCAAGUGGCCAGCAGGAGGCUCGGGCACAUGCACAGCGGAGCUGAACUGGGGCGACGGCUCGUGUGCCAUCAGAGAGGGCACUGCGUGCCACCUCUGGCACGUGUACCAUAGAUUCGCCAUCAUGGUAGUAGGUGCUUUAUUCGGUUCAGAAUGCGUCUUUUGCAGACACAGAGGACUUUUGCUCUGACGUCUGGAUCUUGUUGUUUUGAGGACUAGAACAAAGAAGACUUGUAAAUCUGAAAUCCGCCCACCCAAGGUUUAGAUUACUACCAUAUAAGGUGUCCUCACUUAAUGAGGACAACUGUUCAAAGUUACAACAGACACACCACACAGAAGGUACUUACGAUCUGAUAUAUUUGUUGUUGUUGCCAGUUCUGGUGUUGGCUGAGUUCUGAUGAAAAAUGUCUAUAGGAAUGAAUGGGCUUGCUUUAUGACUAGCACGUUUGUUUUACAACCGCUGCAAAACAGGUUGUCAAAUCAGGUCGGUCAGGUGGCUGUCUGGAUUGACAACUGUUACGACUUUAACGGUAGAAAUUCGGUAUUUCGUUGUGGGCGUAAAUUGAGGGCUGCCUGUAUUUCUUUUGAGCUAUUGAGCUAUUUUCUUGCAGAAGAGGAAAGUGGAAAAGGAGAAUUAAUUGUGACAGUGAUGAUUCUGCUCAGUAUUGCUUUUAUAUUAGCACAGGUGGAUUGGGCCUUUGGACAUCUCGGUCGUUCAGAAUACAACCUCUGUAUAGAUUAGAACAGGGGUGUCAAACCCGAUUUCAUUGAGGGCCGCAUUAGCGUUGUGUUUGACCUCAUGGAGCUGGGGUGGGUGUGGCCAGGGUGGGCGUGGCCAUCUUGACAUCACACAUGUCGGGGGGGAGGGCUGUGGUGGCCCGAGUCCUCUGUCAGCGAAAACGGGCUUCCGAGCUCCAUUUUCGCUGGCCAAGGCAUCGUGGCCAGUCCUUCGCUCUUUCCAGGGCAUUCCCGUGAGUCAGAUCUAAGCACCCCGUGUGCCUUGACACCCCUGGAUUAGAACUUCACAAAGUGAUUUAGUAAAGCUAUGAUAACGUAUCUUAUUGUUAUUUCAUUUUUGGUGACCCAGAAAGAAAGGAUGGAGAAGCCCCUGGUUAUAAACCACAGAUCUCAUAAACUUUGGCCAGUAUUAUUUUUAGUCCUUGGACAGGUCAAAAGGUAAGGUUGCAACUGCAUGAUUCUUGACUGUUUUAGUAUCCCAGUGCAGUGGUGAAAUCCUAAUUUUUAAACUACCGGUUCUGUGGGCGUGGCUUGGUAGGCGUGGUGUGGCUUGGUGAGUGUGGCUUGGUGGGUGUGGCUUGGUGGGCGUGGCAUGGGAAGGAUACUGCAAAAUCCCCAUUCUCUCCCCACUCCUGGGGGAAGGAUAUUGCAAAAUCUUCAUUCCCACCCCACUCUGGGGAGCGCCAGAGGUGGUAUUUGCCGGUUCUCUGAACUACUCAAAAUUUCCACUACCGGUUCUCCAGAACCUGUCAGAACCUGCUGGAUUUCACCCCUGUCCCAGUGGAUGUCCCAAGGUGUCAGAGAUCAUGAAAAGUAUCUUCUGAAGUAAAUUCCAUAGGAUAAACAGUAGCAACCAAGAAAAACAAAAAUAAAUAAUUUCCAAUUAUUGCACCAGAAUUGUGUACUGAGACACCUUCCCUGACUGUUCACUACCGUAAUUACACAGGAGAAGAAUAGUGACACCAAUACAUGAAGAUACUUCCAUCUGAGUGAAUGUGGUGGAUUUACGGAGUUUUUUCCCGACAGAAAAUGGAUUCAGUUUAAGAAAUGAUUCCGUGAAAGACAUCCUCGCUGGAUAAGUCAGACUCUUUGUGACCAAAUUCUCCAAGAGGAAAUUCUCCUGUGUUCUGUAGUUGUGUCCCUAAAAUCACAAAGAACUGAACUGAAUCUGUAGGAGACCUUCCUCAACUGAUACCCAAUAUAGUCAGUUUCACCAGCUAUUAGCUUACACUGUGGGGGGGGGAAUAAAGACAUCUAAUUAAGCUCAGCUUCUGGUAAAGGCAUUCAUGGGCUUAUCUUGGCCACAACACAGAAGUGGUUUAUAAUUGCCUUCUUCCAGAAUUCAAUGUAUUUGUUUAUGGUGACAGACCAAAGAAAUCCCCCUAUUUUUUUUUUCUCUCUCUCUCUCUAACGAAUAGCCCUGGAAAUCUCAGGUGGUCCUUCAUUCAAGUUCUACUCAGGAACAACCCAGCUUAGCUUUGGAAACCAUCGACUCACAGAGAGUUGGUGCUGCUGUUUGCUUGAGGAAUGGCAUGGAUUAAGAAAAGCUACAAUCUUAAACAUGUCUAUGGAGAUUCUCUGUCAUCCAGGUCAUGGCUUUCCCAAAGGUGCUUUUUUCAAGAGGCAACUGGACUUUCUGGUUCUUCUUUGAAGAUGUUUCGCUUCUCAUCCAAGAAGCUUCUUUAGCGCUGACUGAAUGGCAAAGAACGAAGGAGCUUCUUGGAUGAGAAGUGAAAAAUCUUCAAAGAAAAAACAGAAAUCUUAAGCAUGCCUACUAGGGAGUUACUUCUGCACGGAUGUACGUAAGUUUAUGUUAUAAGGGAAGAUGCAGUAAGUGAGGAGGAGAACAGUCCAGGUGAAUAACCGUUCAUCUCUUCAGAUAGCCAUGUUUUCUCCCAUCCCUUCCUUCCUCCAUGAAACGUCUCUACUUAUGAGAAAAGGAGACAAUUACAGCAUCACCCAGAUUUUCUACAUCUUUUGGUCUGUCAUUGGCUUUCCAUGAGGUUAAGUCUUUCCUUCUGUUGUUUUUUGAAACCAAGUUAAAAGGGGAAAGCUGCCAUGACAGGAAUAUCUGCCUUUGAUGUGGAUCCUCACCCUAGACUGGUAUUUCUCAAUUCUAGUCCAACCCCCUGCUCAAGCAAGAGACCCUAUACCCGUGAUGGCGAACCUAUGGCAUGCGUGCCACAGGUGGCACACAGAGCCAUAUCGGUGGGCAUGCGAGCUCAACUCUGGCACUCAUGUGCGCGCCAGCCAGCUGGUUUUCCGGCCUUCUGGACUCACUGGAAGUUGGCAAACAGGCCAUUUCCGGCCUCUGGAGGGCCUCCGACUGGUGGGGAAGGCUGUUUUUGCCCUCCCCAGGCUCCAGGAAAGCCUCUGGAGCCUGGGGAGGGCAAAAAACGGGCCUACUGGGCCCACCAGGCCAUCUCAUGCCAAAAGCAGGAGGAGUGCGGAGGGGUCACGCACACAUGCGUGGAGCGGGCGGGGUGCAUAGAAUUAUGGAUGUGGGCAGACACGCACGCGACCCCCCCUCCCCCCGCUUUUGGCACGCAAUGGGAAAAAGGUUAGCCAUCACUGCCCUAUUCCCUUUCAGACAAAUGGCUGUCCAAUCUCUUCUUAAAAACAUCCAGGGAUGAAGCACCCACAACUUCUGAUUCCACUGGUUAAUUGUUCUCACUAUUAGGAAGUUUCUCCUUAGUUCUAGGUUAGUUUCCAUCUAUCGUUUCUUGUCUUGCCUUUCAGUGUUUUGGAAAAUAAGUUGGAGUACAACUUGAUAGACAAUGGCUUGUGUUUUAUACCAGAUGUGAUGGAAUAUAAACUUGAGUCUGGGAAUGAGGAGCAAGCGGUUAAGGGCAAAGGAGUUCAGAAAAGAUUACUCGGUCCUGGGAAAGAAGAAAACAUGAGCAAGAAGCUCAGACUAGCCCUGCCUUGAUUUUGUUUGGUGUAAGAUGGAGUAGAGAAAAAUUCUGGCAGUCUUCAAGAUUCUGCAUUACACCCCGCAAGAGUAUUCCUCAAAGCCCUCCCUCCCCUCCUUGGUUUCGUGACCUUCCCUAAGUUGAAGAGCUGACAUCAGGCACCCAUGGCAACUGCCUGGAUUUAUGUUACCAAGUCAAUAGUGUUCCUUAAUCACAGGUCUGUGAUUGAACUGCCAUGGCUCGUAACUGUUGGCAGUUUUGCUUCCAUCUCUCAGAAGAGGCGAAAGGUGUUUUGCAAAAAGCAAUGAGUAGGGCAAGCAUCUCCUUGAUCAAUGGCAGAAUCCAUAACUUUCUUCUGAAAUAGUCUCAGUGCUGUGAACGUUUUUAUCAAUAGAUUCCGGCUUAGCUCACGCUGAUGGGGAUGUCUUGGCCAUUUUUUUUUUUUAAUCGCCUACUUCCCCCAUGAAAUGCAACGUUCUUAUACUUUCUCCACCAUUGAUUGAUGGGAAUGGAGAAGGAAGCUCAGAUUUCCUCCACUGGAAAAGUACUCAGGAUUGAAGGAUGAUAACUAGGAUGUUUACAGUGAACAGCAAGGUGUGACAAUCUCCUUCAGGUGGUGGUGGGAUUCUAUUGUCAAUUUGAUGACAUUUCUAAGCAUUGUUAUAUUUUAUGAUCAGAUGGGAGGGUGUCCACAUUUCCAGAGACAUGCAAGACUUUGAAGGGAAAUUGACCCUCCCUUCCUUCCUUCCUUCCUUCCUUCCUUCCUUCCUUCCUUCCUUCCUUCCUUCCUUCCUUCCUUCUUUCCUCCCUCCCUCUUUCUCUCUCUCUCAAAGGAAUGCUCUACUGUCUCUGUGGUUUGAAAUCUGUCUCCAAUUCCACCAGCCAUGACGAGGUGGGCCUGCUCUGGGCCUCUUCCUUGAAGCAGUGUCACCUAAGGGACCCAGGAGAUGUGCCUACUCUACCGUAAUCCCUCUCCGAUGAAGAACCAUUGGAGAUUUAGAUGGCCUAACCCUGUUGGCUUUCCAAAAGGCAUUAAAACCUUGGUUGUUCCCUCAGAUAUUGGGUCAGGAUGCUAACUGAGCUUGAUGGUUUGGUUGUGUUGUUGGAUGAAUGCAGCGGUGGGUUGCCCCCAGUUCAGACCGGUUCGCAAGAACCGGUAGUAAAACCGGUGGGAGGCUCCACCCACUGACCUGGAUGUCAUCAUAGGUGAUCUGCACAUAUGCAGAGUAGUGCACGCACGGGCACAAUGCAAACGGGUAGUAAAGGUAAGUAGAACCCACCCCUGGAUGAAAGUCAGCCUGAGGACAAUAACUGCAUUAUAUUAAGGUUAUCAUCGUGUUCAUUUUUUUUUUCAACUGUGGAGGUUUAUGGUUAUGGAUAUGACGUAUUGUUAGCUGUCCAGAGUCCCAGGUGUACUGUAUAUUUCUU